AGAGCCUCGUUUAUGGGUAAUACACUAAGCUCAGAAGGAUUUGUAACACGACUUUCAAAGAGCACAUCAGCUCACCUCACCUGCUCUCUGUAAGGUCAUCAAGUCUUUGUGUUCUCUGAAUUGCAGGCUACUAUUAAGAUGUCUGGCUCUCUCCGUGAAGAAGAGGAGUUGCCUGCCAAUCAUACAGGUCCAAAAGGUGUAAUUAAUGACUGGCGCAGGUUUAAGCUGGAUAGUGUGGAUCAGAAUGUCACUCAAAGCAAAAGAGAGCUGCUCAGACAAAUGUCAAGUCCACGAGAGGAUGACAAGGAGAGACUCAACAGAAAGAUGAGUGUUCAGGAGUAUGAACUGAUCCAAGAAGAGGACGAACGUUGCCUGAAACGCUACAGAAAACAGUGCAUGCAGGAAAUGCAUGAGCGUUUAAGCUUUGGUCCUACGUUUGAAACAGUCUACGAGCUUGAGAGCGGAGAAGACUUCCUGGAAGUCAUAGAGAAGGAGCAUCGAUUGACACUAGUGGUAGUGCACAUCUAUCAACACGGUGUCAAAGGUUGUGAACAGCUGAAUUCAUGUCUGGACUGUCUGGCUUCGGAGUACUGCAGUGUUAAAUUUUGUCGAAUAGAUGCUGUGGCGACAGGUGCUGCUGAGCGGUUCUCCCCGGAGGUUCUUCCUGCUCUGCUGGUGUACAAAGCUGGUGAAUUACUUGGUAAUUUCCUGGCUGUUACCAAACACUUCAGUGAGGAAUUCUUUGCAACAGAUGUGGAGGCAUUUCUCAAUGAAUAUGGCUUGUUACCUGAGAAGGAGUUCGCGGCAUGUGCUGAUGAUGAGGACGAGGGAGGGGAUGUGGAAUAGAAAUAGAAGGGAAGGGAAAAGAGAUGUGAGGAAAGGAAUCGUGGAGGAAAAUAGUGGAUCUUUGUUCCGGUUGAGAAAGCAUUUACAUUGCAUGUGCAAAUUAACACACCCUAGAGGUCGACCAAUUUAUCAGUUUAACCAAUUAAUCUGCACCGAUAAGAUGUUUUAUAAACCACAGAACUUUGGUGGUGGUGACGGUGGCCAAUAGUGGCACAGCCUCAGACAGUCAUGCAGGGACGUACAUGACGGGUUUGGCAUGGAGGCUCCAUAUACUAAAUCAAGGUAAUCUCAUUGUGUACCUGAGAUAAAGUUAACUUU